UUUUCGUUUUCCCCACAAACGCAAAACCGCGUCCCCAUUUUCACCUCCUUCUCUUCUCUCCUCUUUUGGUUUGCAAAACCAAAUUUCCAUUCACUCUCUCCUCAAUUUCCUCACCCUUCGUCUCUUCUUUGCUCUGCUGCUGCUGCUUCCACCUUCUUCUUUCUCAUGGUUGACAACGGCGAGGAGAAGCUGCUGGCUAUGGCGCGCCACAUAGCCAAGACCAUGGGCCGUAACGAGUCCAUGGCCGAUGAUAUUUUCCAGAUUUUCUCCAAUUUCGAUGCUAGGUUUUCCCUCGAUAAGUUGUCUGAUAAGGUCGAUGAGGUUGAUCCCAGAGGCUCCGCCGCCUUGCACCGCACUCUCAAGUCUCUCGACCGCCGGAUCUCCCAAUACUUGGCCGCCGACCACCCGAUUUGGGCCGACUCCCGGCCGGGUUCGAGAAGGAGUGUUCGCACGCUUACAGUAGCUGCAGGAGGGAGUUCCUGGAGGAGAGUCUUUCUAGGUUGGGGUUACAGAAGCUGAGCAUCGAUGAGGUUCAGAAAUUGCCAUGGCAGGACCUUGAGGAGGAGAUUGAGCGCUGGAUGAAGGCGAUUACCGUCUCCCUCCGAAUCCUCUUCCCAAGCGAAAGACGCCUCUGCGACCGCGUCUUCUUCGGCCUCUCCUCUGCCGCCCAUCUCUCUUUCAUGGACGUCUGCCGAGGAUCAACGAUUCAGCUAUUGAAUUUUGCAGAUGCGGUAGCAAUUGGCUCGCGCGCACCGGAACGGCUGUUCAAAAUCCUCGACAUGUUCGAGACCUUCAGAGACUUGAUGCCGGAAUUGGACUCGGUGUUUUCGGACCAGUACUGUUUAUUGCUUAGAAACGAAGCAAUUACAAUCUGGAAAAGGUUGGGCCAAACAAUCAAGGGGAUCUUCAUGGAGCUUGAGAAUUUGAUCCGUCGUGAUCCUGCGAAAACUCCAGUGCCGGCCGGCGGGCUUCAUCCAAUUACUCGAUAUGUGAUGAAUUAUCUACGAGCAGCCUGUCGGUCGCGGCUAACUCUGGAGCAAGUUUUCGAAGAAACCGCUCUUCCCUCCAAGGAUUACACCAAGCUGGAGGACAGAGCAGCAGCAUCGUCUUCGUUAUCGGUUCAAAUGGACUGGAUUAUGGAGCUUCUAGAGAGCAAUUUAGAGGCGAAGUCGAAGAUAUACAAGGAUCUUUCCUUAAGCUCUGUGUUUCUGAUGAACAACGGCAGAUACAUUGUUCAGAAAGUGAAAGACAGUGAAUUAGGAUCACUUUUAGGCGACGAUUGGAUUCGAAAACACUCGGUGAAGAGCCGGCAAUACCUCGGGAAUUACCUGAAAAGCUCAUGGAGCAAGGUGGUCGGAGUAUUGAAAACGGACAGUGGCUCGUUAGCUCCAAGCGCCGCCACAAUGAAAGAGAAGCUCAAAUCAUUCAACUUGCAGUUUGAAGAAAUCUGCAAAACCCAAUCCACAUGGGUAAUAUUCGAGCAUCAGCUCAGAGAGGAAGCAAGAAUCUCGGUGGCCAAAAUCCUGAUUCCGGCCUACCAAAACUUCAUUGCAAGGUACCAGAGUUUGCCGGAGUUGGCAAAGCGUACAGACCGGCAUUUGAAGUACACGGCGGAGGACGUGGAAGCUCGGAUCACCAAGUUGUUCGAAGGAGGCAGCGGAUCGGGCAGUGGGCGGAAGUAAAGGGUAAGCCAUCAAUGUUCAAUAUCGCUUGUAAUAUAUCUAUACAAAACGCAAUCUUUAUGAAUGUUAGGUUAGCAGUUGGCAAAGAAAUUUUGGGUUGUAAUUCUAAUUGGUUUGAUCUGGUGAAACUGCAACUGGGUAUCUUUAGGGCCAUUCUGAAUAUGAUUUAAUCUCAAAGCUUUGCCAUGGAAGUUUUGAAGCUCUACUUGAAUGAUUGACAAUGGUGGAUUAGAACUGUUGGGCGUUUGAAACUAGAAUUACUGUUUGAUUGGUGCAA